AUGGGGUUUUGUCCUAUAUUUGUUAAAUGGAUCAUGACCUGUUUGUCCACAGUUUCUUACUCUUUCAACCUAAAUGGACAAAAAGUAGGACAUAUACAACCAAAUAGGGGGAUUAGGCAAGGGGAUCCUUUAUCACCUUACUUGUUCAUUAUCUGUGCAGAAGGGCUGUCUUGUCUGCUCCACAAAGCUGUAAUUGAGAGGGAGCUAACAGGAAUCAAAAUCUGUAGGGACAGUCCUUCCAUUUCACAUUUAUUUUUUGCAGAUGACUCAUUGCUGUGUUGUAAGGCGAGCAAACUGGAGGCAAGGAAGGUGAAAAGUAUACUGGAAAGAUAUGGAAAAGCCUCAGGUCAGGUGGUGAAUUUUGACAAAUCAGCUAUUUUUUAUAGUAAGAACACCACUGAAAAAAUUAAGGAAGAGGUCUGUGAGAGCCUUGACAAUAUGAGAGAGGCAAGGAAUGAUACUUACCUGGGGCUACCAAUGGCCAUUGGCAGAUCGAAAUCACAGGUGUUUGGUUUUGUGAAGAGUAAGAUCAAUAACAAAUUGCAAGGGUGGAAACAAAAGUUGUUGAGUCAAGGAGGAAAAGAAGUUCUCAUCAAAGCUGUCAUUAUGGCUAUGCCAACGUACGUUAUGGCAUGCUUUAGACUCCCCAAAGGCUUGUGCAGAGAAAUUUCAGCAACAAUAGCAAGGUUUUGGUGGGGAAAGGGAGACAAAGGGACAUGUGUACACUGGGCAAGUUGGAAGAGGCUAUCAGAAGUCAAGGGAAAAGGGGGAAUAGGUUUUAGAGACUUGGAGGCUUUCAACACUGCCUUGCUGGCUAAACAAAUUUGGAGAUUCCUAACAUCUCCAAAUUUGCUAGUAAGCAAGGUAAUGAAGGCAAAAUACAUUAAGAACCCAAACUGGAUGGAGCAAAGUCCCUCAAACACAGCUUCAUGGAGUUGGAAGAGUAUUUAUAGUGCAAAAACAUUACUUCUGACUGGACUACGGAAAAGAAUUGGUGAUGGAAAAUCAGUGAGUAUAUGGAGAGAUAAGUGGAUUUCUGGUUCAGACCAAGGCCAAGUGAGCAGAUCAAAACCUGAGGACUGCCAGUUACAAUGGGUGAGUGAGCUGAUAGAAGACGAAAAAUGGAACACUGAUCUUCUCCAGAAGUGGUUUUGUGACAAGGAUGUUGAGCUGAUAAAAGACAUCCCCACGAGUAUUGGAAGGAGACACGACAAGUUGAUAUGGUGUUUUUCCAAGUCUGGAACAUACACAGCAAAGACGGGAUACGCAAUAGCUAGACAGGCAGAAGGAAAACAUUGCAGGAAGAAAGGACAAGAUGCAGAAUCGAGCUGGGAAAUAAGAAAGCAUACUAUGUGGAAGAAAUUGUGGCACCUGAAUGUAAAGGCAAAGCUGAAACAUUUUAUGUGGAAAUGCUUACAAAACUGCCUACCUACAAACGAGAUUAUGUACAAAAGGUUAGGGAAAGGAGAUGGAAGGUGCAGUUGCUGUGGAGAAGAGGUGGAAACAAUCGAACACUUGUUUUUUUUUUGUGAAAAUGCAGCAGAGGAAAGGGAAUCUAAGCAGGAGAGCAGAGCAACCCAGAGUAGGAGUGGACAACAAGCAAGAAAUGAGCAAUUAAGGGAUGAUGUGGUAUGUCUGUAUACGGAUGCAGCCAUCUCUGCAAAAACGAUCAGGACUGGACAAGGGAUCAUUGCAAGAAACUGGAAAGGAAUCAUAAUGAGAGCUAAAGGAAUUGUGCACCAGAGGAAAGGAACAGCGAGCAUUGAAGAGGCACUCGCAGUACGAAAUGCUCUACUGAUGGCCAAGCAAGCUGGGUGGAAGAAAAUCAUUGUACAUUCAGAUUGCAAAUCAGCGGUUGAGCAAAUUAACAGAUGCAGUGAAUAUGAGUACAGCAUUGCAACUAUUCUAGAGGAUGUACAGGAUCUUAGAAAAGGCUUUAACAGGUGCUCUUUUGUGUUUAUUUCUAGAGCAGCAAAUGAAAUCAGUCAUGCACUAGCUCAUUUUGCAGUUAAACUAGUGCAUAACAUUGAAUGGGAAAAUGACUUCCCAAUAUGGCUGAUUGAGUUAGGGAUGAAAGAAAUGAGGGAAUGUGAUGUAGUGGCAGAAGAUUAUUUCUUUGCAUACCCUGACCAGGUCACCUAA